UGCCCCGUCGGAGCGGCGCCGGCGCCUGUUGGCGUUCGGCGAGUGUGGCCGUCGGGGCGGCAGGUCGGCGAUGCAGUUGCUGCCGGCGCUUCGCGGGGAGGCCCGGCCGCCGCCUCCGCCGCCAUGCCGGUCAAGCUCAAGAACCGUUACAACCUGGUGGACGACGCGGGCGACUCGCGAGUGCCGCUGCACAACGAGGAAGCCUUCCAGCACGGCAUCCACUUCCAGGCCAAGUACAUCGGAAGCUUGGACGUGCCAAGACCCAACAGCCGUGUGGAGAUCGUCACAGCAAUGAGAAGGAUCCGGUAUGAAUUCAAGGCCAAGAACAUCAAGAAGAAGAAAGUGAGCAUUAUCGUCUCUGUAGAUGGGGUAAAGGUGAUCCUGCGCAAGAAGCAGAAGAGGAAGGAAUGGACCUGGGAUGAGGGCAAGAUGGUGGUGAUGCAUGACCCAGUUUACAGAAUCUUCUAUGUAUCGCAUGACUCCCAGGACCUAAAGAUUUUCAGCUACAUUGCCAGGGAUGGCACCAACAAUUCCUUCCGAUGCAAUGUCUUCAAAUCUAAGAAGAAGACUCAGGCCAUGCGUGUGGUGCGGACAGUGGGCCAAGCCUUUGAGGUGUGUCACAAACUCAGCCUCCAGCACGCACUCCAAAAUGCAGAUGGGCAGGCUGAUGGCGCCAGCAAUAAUUCCGUGGAAGAUCCACAGUUGGAAGGUGUCCAGCUGGAAGAGCCUCCAAUGAACGACAGAGAACACAUCCCUGUCGACUCUGAGGAGCUGCAUGUUCCUGACUGCGGGGCCUGUGAGCUGCCAUCGGCUGUGCCAGACCUGGGAAUGCUCAAACCUGGGCAGAGCCUGAAGGAAAGGAGUAGUCAGGACAGUGAGAGUUGCUCUCUUCGGCCCUCUGUUUCACAGCCGUUGGCAAGCCCGGCCAGCCCCUGUUCCUCUGCCUCAGUCACCCCACUUGCUUCCCAGCAUUGCCUACAGCUCCUCCAGCACCAGCUCCUUCAGCAACAGCAACAGACCCAGGUGGCCGUUGCUCAGGUGCAGCUGCUGAAAGACCAGUUGUCGGCUGAGACCACAGCCCGCAUCGAGGCUCAGGCCCGUGUCCGCCAGCUGCUCCUGACCAACCGUGACUUGCUGCAGCAUGUCUCCUUGCUGGUGAAGCAGCUCAAGGAGCUAGAAAUCAAGGUGCAGUUAAGGCAUCCAGUUGAUCGCUCACUGCAGAACUUGACUUUGGCUCAGUCGCUCUCACUCAAUUUGAAGAACCACUACAGCCUAGAAAUCAACCUGCCUUCCACCUCUACUCCUGCCAGUGUCCUUGGCAGCCCUGUGACACGACUGGGCACCUGUGAAUCCUACCUGAACCUGGCAAACCUGGAGAAGGGUAGUGGGCUGCCCAACAACACGGAGAGCGAGGAACACCUUGUGGUGCUGGAGGGUCCAGAAGGUCUCCGCAGUGUCGAGGGCUCGGAAGCCACCGACUGCAGUGUGUUGAAUGGAACUGGGCAACAGAAGUGCAAUGGCUCAAGCUACCCAGUGCAAGAAGAGAGGUUGCAGCCAUUCAUCCCCAAGCUGAACCCGCCUCCACCAACUUUGAGGAGGAGAUCUAGUAAAACCACCUCUCCCACCCUGGAAGCAGAGGCCACUACCACUAGCACCAUGGCAAAUCCUGGAACCUCCUCAUUCACCAGCAUCACAAUCUUCUCUCUGUCUAACUUAGAGUCUGAGUCCAGGACACAGGGAGGACGCACCAGUGGCUAUGUAGAAAACCGGGGGCAUUUAAACCAGGAUCGGGCCCGGGAGGACAGAUGCACGCUCCUGGCAAAGGGCAUUUUGGGCCAGGUGGAUAAGGGCCCAAUUAGGGACUCAGACAGUACUCUGGACAGCACACAGCCCUUCUCUUUGGCCAGCAAUGAGACAUGCUUGCACAUUAGCCUUUCUGAGGAAGACUUGGACAGUGCUGGGGCUUGUAUUGCUCGUGCAUAAGGAUACUUCAUGGCAUACCGUGAACUAGAUCUGUUUGCAAGACCUGGAUAGUGGGGGUAGAAAUGCGUCAAAGGCCCUGCAGCACCAAGUGACGUCCUGGAAAAAGUCACAGCUGGAGACUGGCUGCUCCAGAAGGCCAACACUGGGUGCAUUUCGACUGAAGGAAGGCAAUUGGAAGACAUUAAAGCCUCCUCCCAAGGCAGCCUUCCCCAAGAUCAAAUGUCUUCCAUGAACAUCGGAGGCUGGCCUGGAUUGGUUACAUCUGUAGCACCAAGCCUAUAACAGUCUGGCCUUUACCUUGAUGGCGUACCCACCUGAGAACCCAUGUACAGUAAAUACCACUGAACAAGCGCAGGGAUUCCCAACACCCCAUAUAGGAUCUCAGCAUGAUUUGCUGAACACUGGACUGUGCUUGGGAUUGUCCCCGCAGCCAGGGGACAAUCAGCAGCACAGAGAAAAACAAGCAGAAGGGGGAAAGAUCUAUACUGAGCAGCCAACAAAAAUCGGCUACUGGGAGUUCAGAGGAGUUAUCCCCAGUUCAGUGCACAAUUAUUUCCAGAUGCCUCCCCUGAAAUGAGAGGAGUGGGCAAUGAAACCUGUUUUGCACACUGAAUGCACAAAUUAUGGAAGCCCAGCUUCCUGUUGGAGGGUGUUAGGAGCCAUCUCUCUGCCCCUACCCAUGGCUAACAGUGUACAGUGAGAGGGUGUCCCAGUGGCCUCGCCACCCCAAGCUUCAGACUUUGGAGCAGGAGCAGCUGUUGCCUUUGUACAGCCUAAAAAAGAUUAUCUUCUCUUAAUGGUCUUGCAGGGAAAAAGCUAACAUGGGAAGAGCAGUACAGGGGCUCUUGGGUGGGAAGCAGGCACUUUGCAUCUCUAACUGGGCAAGACUGGCGUGCUCUACACCACCUCAGGAGACCCAGUCCAGGCCCCCCUUCUCUCCCUCAGUCUGCACACACACACGGAACAGUUCACUGCUUCAUUCAACAUGCAAAUAGUAUAGUCACUGCAGAGCUUCAAAGAAAAGGAAGCAUUCUGGUUUUCGGUUAAUUUACCUGCAAGGUCGUUAGGAGACAUUUUUCCCUCCAGCAGCACAUUAUUUUUUAUUAAAGAAGAAGAAAUAUACAUCCCAGCAAAGGGUAGUCCAGAUUUCUGGAUGCCCGUUUAUGAGGUGCAACUUUCUCCCCGCACCGCAGGUGAAACCCAACAGGCUUUACGUGGGUUAUGGAUUAGUGCAAUUCAUGCACCCCGCAAACAGACUGGGCAAUGCAAGUUUACGUAAGUUUCAGGUGGACAGCUGUGUUGGUCUGCAGAAGAGUGCUAUUGUACUUGAAUCUUAGUGAGUGACUGUAUUGCCCCUCGUUAGAUUUUAGUGGCCCAGACAGAAUUUCCUCCUGGCCAAUUGCCAGUAUAAGCUAGGAGAAGUUAAUAGUCAGUGUUUGCUUCCUUUUCAAGGCACACUUAAAGAAAAAAGAAACACCUGCUUUUUAGAGAAGUAAAUACUUUGCACAAUAUCUGUCUUUAAAAGAUGCCUCUGGUCAGGAGGAAGAGUCACUCUGUGAGGUCUUGGAAGUAAUUUGCCUUUAGGCAGGGCUUUUUUUCUGGGAAAAGAGGUGGUAGAACUCAGUGGGUUUCCAGCACUGGGGGCAACUCUUGGUGGGAGGUGGUGCCCCUGGUACCACAUGUGCGCACGCAAAGUGCAUGCAUACUCCCAGGGCCAAUAAUGUCACUUUGGGUCAGCUGGAACAAGGGGGAGUUUUUAAAAGUUUAAAUGGUCACGUGACUGGUGGCCCCGUCCCCUGAUCU